GCAGGAAAGAUGAUGAAUGUCAUUCUUAGCAGCUGUCAAAGGACCUUACAAAGUUGGAGUAUGUGGGCAAUGACGGAAUGUGUCCGUGACACAGAGCUCGUCCUUGGGAGAGACCAUCCCAAGACCGCAUUUUGUGAUAUGAGGCAUCACUUACGCUUCACGAGCGUCGCAUAUCAGCACUGGCAGGCCUACUUGACGAGCUCUACCAGGAGUGCUUUGUGCUUUGCGCAGGGAGAGUCAGUGAAUGGAAGUCAUUUAGACGCCAAAAAGGUGUUGGGUUUAGCCACGGCAGGAGAACUGGACGCAUUACAUGAAUAUACUCGUAGCAGCUAAAUGCAGCUAAUCUGCUGGGCAAAAUGAUUAAGUGAUAUUGAGAGUAGCAUGUGUGGGAGACUGAAAUAGCGCCUGCCAGAUUUUUGCAGUUCGGGAAAUGGCCCGUCAGUUGAUAGUAGAGCAGCGUGAGUUUUAUCCUGGCAGUUUUCUUAUCACCAGGGCACCCUGUGAGGAGUUGAUGAACUUAAAUUUCGACAUGGAGAAAGCUGUACCUUCAGAGGCAGACCAAGAGAAUGCUGACACAAAGGUGGCAGAGGAGCUGAGAGAAAGAAAUGCUGCCAUGGC